AUGACUCCCAGUCUCCAUGCAAAAUCUCGCUCGUCAUCGUUCCAUUCACGGCACUCCUCGCGCAAGUCCUCUGCGCUCCACGCAUACAGCAAAGGGAAUGCGCCCCACCCAUUCUCAUACAACAGGGAAGUGAUGGAGCUAUUUGUGCAUACCUCAAACAUAUUGGAUCACGCUCUCGUCUACAGAACGAAAUCCGGAUGCACAUUCACGGAGUACAAAGAAAAUACGCCAAAGCGAUGCCUUGACCCCGAGUGCGGGGUCGGUUUCGACCUUGUGGAUAUCCAAUUUAACCUUGAGUGUGUCGAGCCGUCGGUAGCGAUGCUACGCCUUGUGUUCUCCCGCAGCUUCAAUCAGUUACUCUUCGAAGACAACGAAUUCGAUUAUGUUCACCUUUUCACAAUUGUGUUUGCAGUCCCAAAAGAUAAAGAAAUCAGCCGUAUCCUGAAACCCGGCAGACAUGUUGAACAAAUCGAAGUAGAUGCUAGGUUUCCAACACUGCCGCGAUGGCUCACUCGGCCGCUCCAUAACGCAUCGCGUAUGAAGUACUACGAGGUCCCUAUGGAUCUGUCUCACGACCAUGCGCUUUUGGAACAGCUGUUCUACUCAGCAUUUGAGAGCCAAUUCAUCAACCCAAACGUAGCUCUAUCUUGCCUGGCUACUUCUCCUCAAUAUCUAAACGUGCCGUUUCACCGCCAAUUCUGUAUUUCUCCUCCGCUUGCGCCUUUGCUGUCAUUUCCGCGCGAAACGAUCUUCCCCUCACGAGCCGCAGUGCCUCCUACAAUGCACCUCGACACCGGUCAGCCGUCACAAAAUUUGACUGUCUCGCCAAGCCCGCUCUCCGCGUCGACAACGUUGGUGCACCUGAGCUUCUGUGCGCAAACAUCGGAGGCGACCUCAGUAUCAUCCCCAUCAAGACUAUUACCGUCAGCUCACUCUGUCGAAAAGGUGAAUAUUUUACCUGCACUCGCAAAGGUGGGAGAGACUGUCCACAUCAGUGGCGAGGCAGCGUAUGAGCUAUUCGGCAUGGAGGCUCUCGCGGGGCUCGACGAGCACACGCUGUUCCUCCAUCUUCAGCAUGCCGUCGGGUUCGAGGGCGAAUAUACCGGGGGGGGGCGGGGGGGGGGGGCGAGCCGCGAGUGGUUCGACGCAAUGUUCAAGGGAUACAAAGUGGAUGUACAUGCAAGAGUAGCAUUGUGGCGUCCAAUGCUGCAGUAUGGCUGGACAUAUCCUAGACAAGGCCCUAUGACAGAGACUAAAAUGGCGAAUCAGGAGCAGCUGAGGAGAUCUAUCCUGGAGCCAGGAUGCUAG